UUUUUUUUGGGAAAGCAUCAGAAAGCAUAUAUGUUUUGAUGUUUUAUGUAUGUAAGUCAGUGAACGAGAAGCGAUAUUACGUCACAGUCAAUAAGUGUGCGUGAACUACGUCACUGCACAAAAUGGCCGCUAAAAAAGAUAUACUCAAUUCCCCUUGAACCCACUCCAAUGUACAAACUGUCUUCAUACACAAGCAGCCUGUUGGAAAAUAAGUGGCCUAAAUUGUAAUUGCCCAAAAUUGCCUUCAAAUUACAAUUCAACUUUUUUUCUCGUUCAAAGUUAACUGUAUUGUUAAAAAUUAAACACAUUGUUAACAAACUUAUCCAUAUAAACCCAAAAUUAACAUUAGGCUCAAUUUUUUUUUUUCACCAAUUAUCCAAUGAUAACUUUGGUUGAGAAAAAAACAUUGUAAAUUAAACUGCUGAAUUUGGAAAUUAACAAAAAAAAAAAAAAGAGUGAACGUGUAAAAAAAUAAUAAUGAAUGAUGACUCUACAAAAUAUUUUGAAAUUAAAAAUAAUUAUUAUUAAUACCUGUCUUGCAAAAAAUAUAUUAGAAUUUAUAUUUUUACUUAAAAAAAUGAGCAUUUAAAUUUUACAGUUGAAAGAAUUGAGCGUUAGAUUAUAUAAAGUGAGUUGAGCACAACUCCAACAACAAAAUAACACUUGGGCCAAAUAAUAUUUAUAGAGAUAGUAGAAGCAUGAAUUAAUUUUAAUUAAUUUCUCGUCGACCAGACACAAUCACAAAUUUUAAUUUAUUAUUUUAAUUAUUCAACAACAACAACUGAAAAUGAUUUGCAAUAAUUCAAUUAUAAUUUUAGCAAUAUAUUUUUUUUAAACUCUUCAGCUUACAAUAAUUGUUGUAGAAUAAAUUGAUCAUAAAAUGGAUUUUAUUGAACGAUCAUAACUAAUUGAUUUGUUUGAUAUAAAUUUAUUUUUAUACUCAUAAUGAGAUUGACAUAGAAUUUCGUUGUGCUAUAAUGAGUCUUAUUUGAAAUAUAACUAUAAUUUUCAUUCACUACUAAACUGUUUUUAUUUAUUGCAAACUCAUUAUUUAAAUAAAUAAAAAAAUCAAACAGUCAUCAUAUUGCUCGUUUAAUUGGUAAAAAAAAAAAAAAAAAUAGAUAUAUUUAUAAACAUGUGAGAAUAUGAAUAAACAAGAAAUGUAAAAAAUUAAAUUUUAAAUAAUUCAUAAUCAUAAAAUGUAGAAUCAUCAUAGGCAAACACAUAUAAAAACUGUUUUACGUACAAUACAAAACAAAUGUUUAUAAAUGCGUAUAAAUAAAUGUAUGUAAAUUGUAAAAUAUGAAAUAAAAAAAUAUAAAAUAAACGUAAAUAAAUAAAAAUAUGUGUACGAAUAAAACAUCGAUAAAACUGUAAAAAUAUCGCGGCUGCGUCGAUUCCAUACAAUUUCAUGGAUCCAAAUACAGAGGAGUGCUUGUAUGUCGUGUUUCACGUCGUAGAAAGUUGAAGAGCCAGAGAGGGAAGGUUUUUAGCAAAAAGAAAUAAAUAUAUAUAUAUAUUCUGAAAAAUAUAUACACAGUAUAAAAAAAAGGAAAUAAAAAAAAUAAAAAAUAAAAAAUAAUAAAAAAAAAAAAAAAAAUUGAAUAGAAUGAGAACUACGGACUUGAAAAGAGAUUCAUAAAGAGAUAGAGAGAGAGAGAUGCAUAAAAUUGUAGUGGAAAGACUGAGAGUGAGAAGACUAGCGAGAAGAGCAGCUCGGGGGUUCGGGCUAGCUCGUUCGACCCGUUCGAUCCCUUCUUCUUUACUUGGCCUUGCGUCGAAUUCAACGCGCGAGAGAUCCCCACCUCUAUUUUUUUCAGUAACUAGCAACCGCCAUACAGCAACGCUGUCAAAAACGUUUUAUCCCCACUAUUGAAAAAUUUCAGCCACCUCCCCGGCGGGGAUGCUGGAUCGUGAUCGCAACUCGCCUCAACGACUAUGUAGACUCGUUUCUUGGCUAGUGUAUUCCCCUACCACUAUCAAAAAUACGACUGGCUAGCGAGCCGCACUACGCUCCCGCCACGGUGACGUCACUUCGUGUAGUGUAGUGCAGUGAAGAGGAGCAAAGUUAGCUCCGUUUGUGUGUAUGCCCCAAAGUUAAUGAGUACUAAAGUUAAACUAGGGUGGAAUUACUUAUUUCAACGUAAAUAUAUUUAUUAUUUAUAGUUGGCAAAAAAACAAAAAUAAAUUUAUAUAUAUAAAUAUAUAAAUUAAAAAUAUCUAAAUGCUUGUUUUAUUGUUAUACAUUUAGUUGUUUUUAUAAUUAUUAUUUGUGAUUCAUUUAUAUAUAUAAAAAAUUAAAAAAAAAAUAAAGUGAGAACGUUACAACAGUGUUUGGUAGAAUUUGUGAAAUAUUAAAUUAAAAAAAAAAAGAAAAAGAGUUAUACGUGUGUUAAAUAUAUAUAUUCUACCUGGUGUGGAUUAAUAAACAGGCUUCAGCGUAACAAAAUAUUUGAAGAAAAAAAAAAAAAAAAAAAGAAAAAAAAGUUUGGCAAAAGGCCCGGAAUAAAAGCAAACAAGAGUUGUCUCACUCUUUCUCCCACUGUCUCUCUCGCUCUCUCUCUCACACUCUCUCUCUACCAUUGCCUCUCUUUUUAUUCAGUGGUUUUAAAAUUAUGUUGAUAUAGUGAUGUCCUCGUAUAAGUAGUUAUCUUUUUUUUUUUUUUUUAAUUUUUUUUUCUUUUGGUGGAAACAAGGUAGAUAAACAGCAAUUGUUAAGAGGCAUAUAUAUAUUUUUGUUUAUUACAAGUGAUGUUUGUCGAAAUGGAACGUAUUACUGGCGUGUGUCGUUAUAGCCUCUUCAUAAUGUGACGUGGUGAUUAGGAUCUUUUAGAUUAGUGAUGUACCAUGUGGCAUUCAGCAACGAUAAUACUUGCUGUUGCCAGUGGUUUAAUAUUCAACGACACGUCGGCGGUUGAAGCGCUGUUUCAUUGUGAGUGCUUAACCCUCGUACCAUUUUCUUUGCGCUGCCACGACAGCCCCCGUAAACACGGGGUCACCAUUUUCUUUGUAUCAAAGUGAUUAAGUGUGUAUAAUAAGCAGUGUGAUUAUACACACACACAUAUAUAUACAUAUAUACAUACAUGUAUAUAUGUAUAUAUGCGUAUAUAUAUAUGUAUAAUUUUAUUUAUAUAUAUUCAUUUAAGUGGUGUUGAAAAAAGAAGAAAAAAAAAAAGCUGUGAAAUAAUCACUAAAGUUUGAUAAUAUAAUUAAGUUUAAGAAAUUAAUUUUUACAAAUUUGUGUGAAUAAUUAUUUAAAAGUGUGUUCGUGCAUAAGGAUAUAACACGAUAGUUGCAUUUUAUUAAAAAAAAAAAAAUAAAUAAUAUUUUAUAUGAAAUGAUGAUUAUUAUUAUUGUUAAGUGAGUGAAUUGUGUGUAGUGCUAUAAAGCCCGCGAAUUUAAGAGAAAAAAAAAAUAAGAAAAAAAGUUUAUACAAGUUGGUGUUUAAGUAUAUCAUCAAGGAAAUAUUUGUUUUGUUUUGACGUUGUGUAUCGUUGUACAGUGCCAUCAAACGAAAACACAACAUCCGAUCCCAAAUGAAGAGUUCGGAGCAAAAUGGUUAGAGAGACACGUCAUCUGUGGGUUGGAAAUCUGCCGGAAAACAUCCGAGAGGAUCGAAUAAGAGAGCAUUUCAAACGGUAUGGACGUGUGCAGAGCGUCAAAUUAUUGUCAAACGACGAGAAAUGCCCCAUUACCGGUGUUUCCAGCUCAGCUGGUGAGUCAAAUGAAGGCAGCUCCAUUGGUGCUUCGGGAAAUGUCAGUUCUAGCAGCGGAACAACAACUACGGGGCUUGGUUUUGUUUGUGCGACAGUUGCGUUUAUGGAUAUUAAAUCCGCAGCAAAAGCACACGCGAAUGAACACAUACUUGACGAACGAGCUAUUACAACUCAAUACUAUGAACCACAUACCCUUGGAAAACCGGACGACCAUGGAUCAACUGUCGGUGGAAAUGUUGGAAACGUCAAUACAACUGGAGUUGGAAGUGGAAUUGCUGGUAAUGAAAGAGUUGAUAGAAAUAACGAAACAUUUGAACCACGUGUAUCUCACAGUGGUUUUUACCCUGCUGAAAGAAGUAACAGAAUUGAACAUUCAGUCGAUACCUCAACUGUUGAACCAGUUGGUUACAUACCUAGAACAAGACAACCACCAGUCAAUAGCUAUCACGUGACGUCAGCAAGAGCAAGAGAUAGAUUAUAUCCAAGACCAAAUACAUACACUACUGGUCCAUUACCACCAUCACAUGUAGAUCGUCAUCGUAGUAGUGUACAAAUGACAUCAUGGCUCAGUUAUGACCCUGGUACAUCAAGGUAUGCAACUGGACCACCACCACCACCAUCACCUGCUUCAACUGAUACUUAUCAGGAAGAUACAAGUGGAGGUGCAGGAAAUAGUUGUAGUAUGACAACAACAGGAGUAAACAGUGGUACAUCAAGACAACACAAAAAACAAAGAAGGAAAUCUCGAAGUGGUAGUAGUUCACCAAGUGGAUCAAGUCGUUCAGAAAGUAGCAGUAGUAGCCGAAGUAAUAGCUCAGGUGAAAGUUCAUCAGGUGGCAGUAGUUCACCAGGUAGUUCACCACAUCGAACAAAUAAUGCUGCUGUGUCUGAUGACAGAAGGCCACUUGCAAUAUGUGUAAGAAAUUUACCAGCAAGAAGUAGUGAUACAUCACUUAAAGACGGUUUAUUUCAUGAAUAUAAAAAACAUGGUAAAGUUACAUGGGUAAAAGUUGUUGGAGCAGCUGGUGAUAGAUAUGCACUUGUAUGCUUUAAAAAACCUGAAGAUGUUGAAAAAGCACUUGAAGUAUCACAUGAUAAAUUAUUUUUUGGCUGUAAAAUUGAAGUUGCACCCUAUCAAGGAUACGAUGUUGAAGACAAUGAAUUUCGACCAUAUGAAGCUGAACUUGAUGAGUAUCAUCCAAAAGCAACAAGAACACUUUUUAUUGGCAAUCUUGAGAAAGACGUUACUGCGUCUGAACUCAGAAAACACUUUGAUUCAUUCGGUGAAAUAAUCGAAAUCGAUAUAAAAAAGCAAGGAGCUGUUUCGAGUUAUGCAUUUUGUCAAUAUUCAGAUAUCAGUAGUGUGGUCAAGGCCAUGAGGUCGAUGGAUGGUGAACAUCUUGGCACAAAUCGUAUAAAACUUGGUUUUGGUAAAUCCAUGCCAACAACUUGUGUAUGGGUAGAUGGUGUUGGCGAGUGUGUUUCUGAAAAAUAUUUAACUAUUCAAUUUCAUCAAUAUGGUAAUAUUAGUCAAGUUGUAUUAGAUCGUGAGCGGGCUCAUGCGCUUGUAUUUUUUGAUCAAAUAAGUUGUGCACAAGCAGCAGUUAAAGAAAUGCGUGGUGCAUUAUUACGUGGACGUAGAUUACAAGUUGAUUUUGCAUCAAGAGAAUGUCAAGAAACAUUUUAUGAACAUCUUGAACGUCAAGGUGUUACAAAUGAAAAACCUUGGGAUUCUAGACCAUCACCUGCAGCGACAUUUGACGUUGUAAGAGACAGAACAUUUGAGUCUGCAGUUACAGUGCCAAAUCCUGGUAGUAGAUUUACAAGAUAUGAAACACCACCAAGAGCAAGGACAGCAUCUUAUUCAAGAACACCAGGAGGUGGUAGUACACCUGGUGCAAGUCCAGCACAUCCAACAGCAAUGUCAAGAAGUAGUAGACGUUCAUAUCAAACUGAUCCUUAUUAUGAAGGUGAUUAUAAUGAACCAACAAGUAGACGUUUUCGUUCUUAUGAUGAAUACAGUCAAGGAAGUGGUGCAAGUCAUGAUGAUUAUGAUAAUAGUGUAAUUGGUGAUGUUAGUAAAUUAAAUGACGAAGAUUUACCUCCACCACCACGUCGUCAUAUUCAAAAUAUAGUAUCAAAUACCAUUGAUCCAACUGUAAUACCAUCUAUGCAUUUACCACCACCUGACAUAAGACAUUUACAAAAAGAACGUAAUCUUUUACUUGAACAACUUGAAGAAUGUCACAGCAGUGGUGAUGAAAAUUUUGCACCAAAAAAACGUGCAAAACUUGAUAAUAAUGUAGCAUCAUUAAAUUGUGAAGAAGAAGAUCCAGAAUUAGCAUCACUUCUUGUUACUUCACAUCAAGGAAGAAAAGGAAUGGAUGUUAGACGUGUUAGUGACAGUAAAAUUAUUGUACAUCAUGGUAGUCGUAGAGGUAGCUGUGAAAAUAGAAUACCAUUACCAUGUAAAAGACGUAGAGAUACAACAAGUCGACAUCAUGAUCAUCUUGAUGGUUCAAGACCAGGUACACCAUUAGUAGAUGAACGACCAGAAAAUUUACAACCUAGUGAACCAAGAAGAUUUCGUGAACGUAAUCAAGAGGGUCCAAUUUCAUUACCACUUCCCCGUUUUGCUGCUCAAAUGAUGAAUAAUAACAAUAACAAUAAUAAUAACAAUAACAAUAAUAAUAUAAAUAAUACUAGUAGUAGUAAUAAUAAUAACAAUAAUAAUACUAAUAAUAACAACAACAACACCAAUAAUAAUAACAAUAAUGGCAAUUGUUCACGUACAUCAAGUACAUCAACAGUGCCAAAACUUGCAAGUCCACCAUGUACAAUGACUGUAUUACCAUCUGGACCAAGUCCACUUGCAAUAACUCAGCCACCAGCUUCACCACCACCACGUCAUCCAAGUCCGAGUCCAACAAGUUCUGAUAGUGAAAUGGCACCUCAAUCGCCAAGUCUCGAAGAACGUAUACGUUCUUUAGAUGAAAAAUAUGAAAAAUGGUCAGGUUCACGUGCUUUAAGUGCUGCUACUAGUGAUGUACUUACUAAACUUGAUGCAACUGUAACUGAAAGAUUUAGAUUUCGUCAUAAAUUACUUGAUCUUGAUCUUCAUGAAGUACAACCAUCAGAUAUUGUUAAAUCAGUGUUAGCAAAACGUAGUGUAUUUGAUGAAGAUUCAAAAAGACUUGAAAAUUUUAAUGAAAAAUAUGAACCACGUGAAUUUACUGGUGUUGCAAGUGGUAUAGUAGUUAGUAGUGUUAGUGGAGUUGUUGCUCCAACAAAUUCAUUAUUAUUAUCAUCUUCAUCAUCUUCAUCGUCUUCAUCAUCAUCAACAACAUCAUCAGCAAGUAAUUGUGGAAAGGUUUGUCUUCAAUAUCCAUUUCCUAGUCAUCCACCAGUUCAAUCUCACAGUUCUACCUCUACAACAUUGAACACAACAUCACCAGGAAGUAAUACAACAGUAACAACAAUUGCGUCUAUUGGAUCAACAUCGACAACUACAACCACAACAACAACAACAACAACCACAACAACAAUACCAACAACACCAACGACACCAAUAGCAACAGUAGCAGUAACAGCAGCUGUUACAGCUACAGCAGCAAUAACAAUAACAACAACAACUACAACUACCAGCCAGCCUACUACGACUCUUGUUUUAUCUUCAUUAAAGACUGAUCCACGUACCACUGUUCAUAGUUGUGUACAUCCAGUACCAGCAGCACCAAUUACACCUGGUAUUACUUUAUUAAAAACUACAAGUCCUGAGCUUCCACCAGUUUCUUUACCUGUUAAUUUAAUAAGUAGCACAUCUUUAAGUAAUUAUGGCCCAGGUUCAGUACAAUCUGUUAAUACAAAUCUUCAUAUUGGUUCUGCGUCUUUAUCGUCUGCGUCUACGUCAACGUCAACAUCAACAUCUACGUCUACGUCUAUGAGCUUUGUAAAUACACCAACAGUACCAGCAACAACACAUACACAAUCAUCUACAAAAUUGCCAAUAGCAAUAACAUCCUCAUCAACAUCUGUGUCAACAUCUAAUACAUCUAUGACAACGACAAAUUCUCUUGCUACAACUGCUAUUACGACAAUCACAACAACCUCAUUACCUACAAUGAGUAAUAGCAACAAAAAUAGUAAUAAUAGUGAUAGUAAUAAUAGUAGUAAUAGUAAUAGUCAUAGUCAUAGUCAUCAUCAUCAACAACAAAUGUCCUCAAUAUGUUCUUCCAUUACAUCAACACCAUCAGAUACAUUGAGAAUACGAUCUAAAAAAGAUAGUGUUAGUAGAGAAAAUAAAGAUAAUCGAGAUUCAAGACACAGCAAAAGUAAAGAUAGCUCCAGAAGACGAAAAGAGGAUACUGGUGAUAUUGAAAAAAGUCGAAAAGAUCGUGAUCAAAGAGACUCUACUCAACGUUCUUCUAGUAUUGUUGACAGUACUGAUUUUGAUGUUCAUCGCGAAUUAAAAGAAAAUAAAGAAAUUAAAUAUGAUAAAAAAGAUCGUGAUGAACAUGAAAAACGUGAAAAAGAAGAAUAUGAGAGACAAGAACGUCAAGAUAAAGAAGAACGUGAUAGACAAGAUAAAAAAGAACGUGAAGAACGUGAAAAACGUGAAAAAGAACGACAAGAAAAAGAACGUAGAGAACGUGAAGAAAAAGAACGUAAAGAACGUGAAGAAAAAGAACGUGAACGUGAACGGGAACGUGAAAAAGAACGUGAACGUGAAAAAGAACGUGAACGCGAAAAAGAACGUGAACGUGAACGUAAAGAAAGAGUAGAACUUGAAAUAAGAGAAAAAGAAAAACUAGAAAAAGAUAGAAAAGAACGUGAAGAUCGAGAAGAACGUGAACGUAAAGAACGUCUUUGUAAAGAACGUGAAGAACAAGAAAAACGUGAAAAAGAUGAACACGAAAGAUUGGAACGUGAAAAAAGACGUGAAGAAAAAGAAAAAAUUGAACGUGAACGUAAACGUGAAAGAGAAGAACGUGAAAGACUUGAAAGAGAAAGACGAAAGGAAAAAGAUGAACGUGAAAAAGCUGAAAAAGAAAAACGUGAUGAAGAAGAAAAAGAAAAAUUAGAACGUGAUAUGCAUGAUAAAGAUAAAAGAAGAGAACGUGAAGAUCAAGAAAAGCGUGAAAAAGAAAAAUUCAUUGAACGAGAAAAACGUAAAGAACGUGAUGAUAAAGAAAAAGAAAAACGUGAUCGUGAUGAUAUUAAAAAAUCAUCAAAUGAAAAUAAUUUACAAAUUAUCAAUCAAAUCAUGUCAAAUUCACUUCAAGAUUCAUCAUUAGCUUCUGCUAGUAUUAAACGAAGAUUAUCAUCUCAAGAUAGUCCACUUGAAGACGAUGCAAAAAGAAUGAAAAUAGUAGACUAUAGAAGAGACAGUAAAGACAGAUCAAGACAAAAUCGAAGAUCUGAAGAUCGUAAACAUCGUAAUGAAUCUCAUCGUUUAAGUCGUGAAAGUAAAGAUUCAAUGAUAUUUUUACCAUGUCAAAAUAAUCGAGAUAAUCGAGAUAUUUCACAAUCUCACAAUGAAUUAAUUAAAGAAACAACAAGUAGUAAAGAAAUUAAAGAAAAUCGUGAAAGCAACAGAGAUAAUAAUCAAGAAAUUAAAGAAAGUCAUGAUGAUAGUCAAGAAAAUCAAGAAAAUAAUCGUGAUAUUUCAAGCUCAAAAGAUAAACAAAGAGAAAGAAAACAUCGUAGUAAUCGUUCUGAGUACUCAGACAAAGAAAGAGAUUGUAGUAGUCCAAGAGUAUCUUCUCAUGAACUUGAAAGAGAUUUUCUUGCACAUUUACAACUUGAUGAACAACCAGAUGGUAGUUCACCAAGUAAUAUACAAUCAUUAACAUCAUAUUCUCAACGAGAUCCAAGUGAAUAUCAUCAUCACCACCAUCAUCAUCAUCAUCACCAUCAUCAUCAAUCAUCACUAAAUUUACAUAGUGAUAUUGAUGAUGGUCAUUCAUCAGCUCAUGAAAUACAAACAAGACGUCCAUCUCAUACAAGUGAUACUGAAAGUGAUGAGCCUAAAAAACAUUCAAUAUUUGAUAUUGUUGAUGAUGGUCCUGCUUAUAUUAGUAUGUAUGAUAAAGUUAAAGCAAGAUCAACAAAAAAUAUGCAAAAACUUGAAGAAGAAAAACGUCAAGUUAGAUUAAAAGAUAAAUUUUCACAAUUAAAACAAAGUCGAGCAAGACGUGAAGAGAAAAAACAAAGUACAUCAUGGGAUGGUGAUUCUGUUUCAAGUAAAGCACUUACUGAAGAUGAAGGAACAUCUGGAUCAGAUUCAACAAGAGCAAAAUCAUUAUCAAGAAAAGGUUCACGUUCAAGAAUACAUUCUGACACAAGUGAAGAAGAAAGACGUUUUAAUAAUAAAGUUCAUAAAAUCAAAACUGAACAAUUUAUUGAAAGUGAUGUUGAUCUUGGAUUUGCUGAUACAGAAGAAAAACAUACACCAAAUGAUUCAUCAAAUAUAAAUACUAUGCGUACAAUAAAACAAGAACCAAGAUCAUCUGAUGAUGAAGAAAGAAUAUCAACAGUUGAAUUUCCUUCGAGUCAUCAUUCUCUAAUGAAUAAUCAUCAACGUGAAAUUCGUAAAAAAACACAUAAGAAAAAACAAAAAAGACAAAAAAUGUCAAUAUCAAGUGAAGAAGGUGGUUCAACUAUUAAAAUUGAAAAUACUGAUAGACUUGAUCAUAAAAAUAAAAUAAUUGAAUGUCAAACAGAUCAUAUGAAUAAUUUAACAAUGUCAAUGAGUCCAGUAGCAUCAAAUUUAGGCUGUGAUAUUACAGAUGAACGUUUACGUGCUGAUAAAAAACAAAGAAGUAAAAAAGAUAAAAGACGUGAAAGAACAAGUGAAGAUAAAGUUAAGAUAAAAAGAAAACGACUUAAUAGACAAGAAGCAAGAGAGUCACAAAGAAUGGAAGAUAUAUUUGGACCAUUGUCAGAUGACAUUGAUGAAUCACCACCACCACCACCAACAAGUUUCUUUAAACUUAUUAAUAAUAAUCCAUCUGAAAAUAAUACUUAUGUAUCAGAUUCUGAGGGAGGUAGAAGUCCAAUAAAUGAUGAUGAUGAUAGAAUUUGUAGAAAAAAUGAGAAAAAACAACGUAGACAUCAAACUGAAGAUGAAAAUAGUGUUGAUCUUGCUGAAGCUGGUCGUGAAAUUGAAGCAAAAUUACUUGGAUUACAAUCAUCUCCAAAAUCUGUUGGUACAGAAAUAAAUGAUCAUGAUGUAUUAAAAUUCACUGAUGAUAAUGAUAGUGUUGAACCAUCAAAUCCAACAACAACAACAACAACAACGCCUACAGCAGCAACGCCAACAACACCAACAUCAGCACCAGAAAAAAUCAAAGAGAAAAAGAAGAAAAGGAAAAAGCCAAAGGAUGAAAGAAGCAGAAAAGAUCAUCACCAUCAUCAUCACCAUCAUCAUCAUCAUCACCAUGAUAAAACUGCAGCAUUGCCUUAUCUUGGUGAUGAUGAAAGUCCACCAAGAUCUAGUAGUCCUUUGCCUCAAAAAAAUCUAUCACCAAAUCUUAUAUCAAGAGAUACUCUUAUAAGUCCAAUACCAUCUACCAAUCCUUUAGUUUCAACUGCUCUUUUGACUCCAUCCACUGGAGGUGGUUCAAUUUCAUUAUUUCAAGAAAAGAAAAAAGAUGAAUGUUCAUCUGACUUGGAUACUAAUAAUGACAAAUUUAUCAAUGAAACUGUAAUCAAGAGUGAGCCAAAAGAACGAGAAACUAAACGAAAGUUGAGUAGUGCAAAUGUUGAACUUCAUGAACAAAUUCAUCCAACAACGCUAGCUAAUCCGUCAAUUGUUGCAACAACAUUAACAACAGCAUUAACAACAGCAACAACAAUAACAGCAACAGCAGCACCAAUAACAGCAACAACAACAAUAACAACAGUAACAACAGCACUACCAGCAACUGUAAUAACAGCAACGAUAACAACAACAGCAACAACAACAACAACAACAUCAACAUUAACUCAACCAUCACUACCAAAAACAUCAGGUAUAUUAACAACAUCAACGACAUCUUUAUCAUCAUCAGCAUCAUUAAUUACACCUGUGCCACUUGAACUACCACAAGUUGAAGAAAAACCACGUGUAAUUAUUUCACAAGAAGAAACUGAAGAUGCUGUUGCUGCGUUACUAGAAGAAACAUUUGGUGGUUCUGCUGAAGAAUUUUCUUAUGAAAGUGAAGAACAACCUGAAACUGAUCAGGCAAUUGUACCAUCGUCUGAUGCACCUCAGGAUGAUGUUGAAGAAAUGCAACAAGCAGUUGAUAGUCUUAAUGCUUCAACUGCUGAAACAGAUGCUGAUUUAAAACCAGAUACACCACAAAGUGAACAUGAUCUUCAAAUUGAUACUGAUACAGAAGAAGAUCCAAGUUAUGAAUCAUUUGAUUUAUCACAACCACCAAAAACACCUGAUAUACCAUCAUUUUAUAAAAAUAACAGCAAUAAAUCACCAAAAAUUAUUGCUGAUAAAGUACCAAAUUGUACAAGUUUAACUACGCCACCACUUCGUCAAUCAUGGCCAGCAGCUGAUCAUAAAGCUGCUAUAAAAACAACAAAAAUUGAAUCACCAAAGGUACAAUCUAGUCCAGAGAGAAGAACAUCUCUUGAUCAUGAAACAUUACCAGCAAUUCAAUCAUCACCAUCACCACCUUAUUACAAACAACCAACAUUACCAUGUAGUGUACCAAUUAUUACUGAAGCAUCAAGAAUUCCUUGUGCAAUUUCUAGACCACCAGUAACAACAAUAAUUGGACAACCACUUUAUCAAAAACUUCCGGUAUCUUCACAAACACAAAAUAUACAAUCAACAUUUAAUCAAGCACCAUUUAGAAUACCAAUAACAACAACAGUAUCAUCUCUACCAGUGACAUCUAUUCCAUCACUUGUACAAUCAAAAAUGACAACAGUUGUACAAUCACAAAUGCCAGUUCGUACUUCUCAGCCAAUUUCACCAAAUGGUCAAUGGUCAAGAAAUUCAACGAUAACUUCACAUUUACCACACAAUGAAAAAUCAACAAUUCAAACAGUUAAAAUACCUGUUAGUGUUCCAGUAUCUGCUCAUAAACCAGAUAUUAUUUCACCACAACAUAUUUAUUCAACGGCAUCAAGUCAACAGCCAGUUAUACAACAUGCACCUGGUAUGAGAGCUGUUGCACCAAGUUAUCAUCAUGGAGGUCUUCCUCCUUUAACACUCAAUAUACCACUCAGACCAUAUAUGCCUGUGCCACCAUUGAGUACUUGUAAAAAAACAAAACCACGUGAUUCAGAAACAACUAAUAAGCCAAUUAUUGAAACUCUCAUUCCUUUUCAUUCAAAUAAUGAAUCAUUUUCAAGAAAUGAUGAAUCAAAAUUAUCACCAGUUAUUAUUCCUGAAUCAACAAUUAAUAAAGCAUCAACAUCACCAAAAGUUCCAUCUCCAAAUCAACCACCAACAUUUAUACCGGAAACAGCUAAAAUUGAAAGUAAUACAAAUUUAAAUAAACCAACGAGUAUUGAAAAUACUGGUAUGCUUUCACCGAGAAAUCAAAAAAUUCAUGGACCAAUUGACUAUAAUUUAUUAUCACCAAAACCAAAACAAGAAGUUAUUCCAACUAAUAUACACUUACUCAAGGCUCAUUCACCAAAAACACUUACUUCAAGUCCAGUUAUUGUAUCACGUGGAUUAGCUCAUAUUGCUCAUAAAUCAAUUGCACAUUCUAUUGUACCACCUCCUCGUGUAUCAAGUCCAAAUCAGCCUUUUAUAAAAACACUUGGACCAGUUGUUUCUCAACAAUUUUCAACAACUCAAAAUGUAUUAACAUCUUCAACUAUUGAUUUUAUACGACAUGAUGUAUGUACUACAGAUCGAUCAUUAAAUAAUUCUCGACAAGCAUUACAAGAUGCUUCACUUGGCAAGUCUCACGUUCCAAUUAAUUCGGCCGCUCAAUUGAUUGAUUCAAUACUAGAGAUACAAGCAAAGUUUAUGGAAAUAGAAGAAGAAGAAGAAGAACGACAAAAACAACAACAAAAACAACAACAACAACAACAACAACAACAACAACAACAACAACAACAACAACAACAACAACAAAUGGAAAUAAAACUUAUGGAAAAUGCUCAAAUAAAACAAAAAUGUGAGAUUAAACCUCUCGAAAUAAAUGAAACUAUUGAUACAAAAUCAUCAAUACAAGAAAAUAAAUUUGAAGUCAUUAAAAAAAUUGUACAACAACCACAAAUUAUUUCAAAACCAAUUGAUGUAUUAGAAACAACAGUGGAUUCAAGCAAACUCAAUGCUGAAGAAAAGUCUGAAACUGUUGAAGUAAUUAAACAAGACGUUAUUGAACCAUUGAGUGUUUCAUUAAAAGACAGAGAUGAAAGUGUAAUUAAAGAUAGUGAAGAACAAAAUUCCGAUCAAUUAGUUAGUGGAAUAAUAAAAGAAGAUCCAACAGAUAGUAAAGAGGAUAGUGAUUAUUGGUCAGCCAAAGAAGUUAAUAUUGAGAGUGUUAUAAAAACAGUUGAUGCACUAUGUGAUGUUGAAGGUAAUGAAGAUCAUGAAACACAUGAAGAAAAUGAUAUUCAUGAUCAUGAUGCAAAUAGUGAACCUCAUGAAACAAGUAAAAGUGAUGAAUGGCCAGAUAAUGAAUCACUUGAAGGUGAUAAAAAAGAAUUUUCUACAAAUGAAGAUCAAGAUGAGGGUGUUGAAACAGGUGAAAUUGAAAUGACAAAAUCACGAAGAGGAGGAAGAGCAAGAAAUAGACGAGGUGGACGUGGUGGUAUUGCAUCAAGACGUGGUUCAAAAACUGCUGGACCAAAUAGAAGAGGUGGUAGAUGUGGUCGUGGUGGAAAACAAGAAAAAAAUAAAUUACCAGCAGAUGUUUAUGAAUUUCAUGAUGAUAGUGAAGAGGAUAAUGCUGGACGCCCAAGAUUAAUACUUACUAUUAAAUCACCUGGUCCUAAUAUUAUUGGUCCAAAUGCUCAACCGGUUCAACCAGUAGCAGCUGUUAAAGAAAUAACUUCUGAAGAAUUUGCUUCUCCUGUUGCAAAUACAAGAAAAUCAAAACGUUUAGCUGAAAAAGAUGGAAGUAGAACAACUGUUGAUGAUAUCAUUGAUGAUGUUGUUCGUGGAAAUCAAAAUAAUAAAGCUAAUAUGUCUACUGGUGGAAUUCAUGGAACAAGAAGAAGUACAAGAUUUAAUAAUAAACCACGUACUUCACAACCAUCAUCUGUUGUUGUAUUUGACGAACCGAAAAAACCAUCUCGUGUUGGUAGAAAAGCAAUUAGACAAACUUCAGAAAAUAAUGAAGAUUUUGAAGAUGAAAAAUGCCAAAUUAAUGCACAUGAUUCAAAUCAUGAGGAGAGUGAUGUUUCACAUGAUGAAAAUAAUGAAGUUGAAAAAGUAAAACAACAACCACAGCAACAACAACAACAACAACAACAACAACAACAACAACAACAACAACAACAACAACAACAACAACAACAACAACAACAACAACAACAACAACAACAACAACAACAACAACAACAUCAACAACAGCAACAAAUUCAACAACAACAACAACAUCAACAACAGCAACAAAUUCAACAACAACACCAACAACAACAUCAACUACAACAACAGCAACAGCCUGGUUUAAUGAAUUCACAAAAAUCAGCAUCACAUGAACCAAUGACACUUAUUGAUCCAGUCACUGGAAUGCUUAUACCAAUGCGUGAAUCCGAAGAAGGUCAGUAUAUUCCAGUCUCCUCGGCAUCAGGACGAGUAGGAUCUCUAAAUCUUGUUGAUACACGUUCUAAUAUAAAAGUUGCAGUUAGUUCAGCUGAAACUCGCUCUUGUCAACAAUCAGAUAUUGUAUCAAAUCAGCAAGAUGCAACAAAAUCUGUACAUAAAAAUUCUGAGGUAGUUGAUUUAAAUCAAUUGCCAAAGAAUCAAGUGAUAACAACAAGUCAACCGAGUGUUAUUGCUAAACCAACAUCAGUACAAAUAACAACAUCUUCUGUUAUAUUAUCAACAUCAACACCAACAACUGUUAAACAUUUGUCAGGUGCAACAAAUCUUACUGUUACUGAAUCUACAAUGACAAAAAUGACUCCAUCAAAACCAACAAGUCUCAAAGCUCAUGUUUUAAAUGCAAGUAAAUCAGCACUUCAGCCAAUUAUUAUUAAUAAACCAAUCAUGUCAACUCAAGUGACUCAUCAAAAUGUCAUUAAACAACCUAAUCAUCGUCCUCAAAAUACACCAGGCAGAAUUGAAUCACCAAGCAUUAGUCCACAACCAAAACAACAACAAAUUCCAUGCAGUAGUCCUGUGGUAUCCGCUGUAAAACAAGAAGAACACUUUUCACCAACUCUCGAAAGUUCCAAUACACCUCCAAAUCCUAAACAACAUCUUCUUCAAGCUGUUGCAAAACAACAACUGCAACAACAACAGCAACAGCAACAACAGCAACAACAACAGCAGCAACAACAACAACAGCAGCAACAACAAAUUCCGGCUAUUGUCACCACAUCAUCUCAGAAACAUCAUAUGAAUAUUCACCCAAGUAAUAUUGCAACAGCCCCAGUACAAAGAAUACACAAUUCUAUUCCUCAAUCAACUGUACCAAAGGGUAUAAAUGGACAACCACAUAUUUCCAGUCCAAAAGCACAUCUUCUUCAAGCUGUUGUGCCGACAAUUAUUACUAAUGAAAUACCACUGAGUUUACCAACACAGCCACAUAUGAUUCCAACACCAACUGUUGUUUCUGGUGUUAAUUGUCCAAGAUCGGGAGUUCAAAAAUCACCAGUUGCUAGUUCAAUGGAACCACCUAAAGUUGAAAUGUCUAUGUCUGGAUGUAGUAUUAUGGUACCAUCUGUCUCACCUCAAAAUCAUGGUGUACCUUUGUCAUAUGACACGUCAAUGCGUGGUCCUCCAUGUGCAGCUCCAUCAUCAGGUGGUCAAUAUGCACUUGGACCAUCACCACAUUGUACACAAAGUCCUCCGCUACCUCCACCUGCUCACCAUCAUGCUAAUGCUUCUCAGGGUGAUGUGGCUAAUCAUUAUACAAAUUUAUCAAGAACUGGAGAAUUACCAGCUCAUUAUAUACAUCCACUUCAGUAUCAACAAUAUCUACGUGCACAACAAGAAGCUUUUACAGCUCCAAGAAUAAAUUAUCAUGUGUCUGGAACAAGAUCACCACAUUUACCUUUAGAUCCAAAAAUGGAAGUUAGUAAUGAAGAAAGUCAUAGUCCACCAUUGGAACUUAGACGUGGUACUAGAACACCACAAGAUCGAACAACUGAUAGUCCACAAGUUGCACAAGUUUAUAUGCUUCAUUCAGGACAAAGAAUACCACCUUUACCAUCUCAGUAUAAUGCUGCUGGUAAUCCACCAACAGGACCACCAAGAGGUGGAUAUUAUGAACCUCCACCAGCUCAUAUUCGUUCACAAUUACCAAUGGCUGCAAAUGAAGCACCUGAACGUGCUCUUACUCCAGAUAGACAUAGAAAACUUCAAGUAGCAACUCCACCACAUGUUACACAAGUACCACCACAAGCUGAUUCAUUGUUAAUGCUUUUACAACGUUAUCCAGUUAUGUGGCAAGGACUUUUGGCAUUAAAAAAUGAUCAAGCUGCUGUACAAAUGCAUUUUGUUUUUGGUAAUCCUAAUGUUGCUAGGGAGAGUCUUCCUUGUAAUAGUGAUGGAACAACUCCACCAUUAAGAAUUGCACAGAGAAUGCGACUUGAACAAACUCAAGUUGAAGGUGUUGCUAGAAAAAUGCAAAUUGAUAAUGAACAUUGUAUGCUUCUUGCUCUUCCGUGUGGUCGUGAUCAUAUGGAUGUACUACAACAAAGUAAAAAUCUUCAAACUGGAUUUAUUACUUAUCUUCAACAGAAGCAAGCAGCUGGUAUUGUCAAUAUUGCUGCUCCUGGAUCUCAACAGCCUGCAUAUGUUGUUCACAUAUUUCCAUCGUGUGAUUUUGCUAAUGAGAGCCUUGCUAGAAUUGCACCAGAUCUUCUUCAUCGUGUCGCUGAAAUUGCGCAUUUGGUCAUUGUCAUCGCCACCGUCUGAGACCAGCUAUUAACCCGGAUCAUGAUUUAUCUAUCUGCGAUUUUUAAUCCAUUUUAUUCAUUAUUAACAGUCAUGCGAGUCAGGCAAUUCUAAUAUUCUGCAAAAUUCAGAUUUAGAAAUUGUUCGGGGCAUGAAGCCUAUCGUGUGGAUCCAAGUUAUUGAAUAAAAUAAAUUUAAAAAAACGUAACUAAUGCUAAAAAAAAAGAAGAAAAAAAACUUUAAUUUAAUUAAUAGUUUUUUUUUUUUUUUUGCAUAAAUAUGAAUAGCAAAGGACUUAUGUCCUCAGUUACAAAUUUUGACAAUCAAACGAAAAAAACAACUGGCUAAUAAGCUGGUUCCAACUUGUAAAAGUUGGUAAUGAGAAAAAUAAAAAAUAACAAAACAAAUACUGUUUGAAAAACAGAUGGACACAGGGCUAUUGUGAUAAGUGAAAAAGUAAAUACAAUUUAUAAUAAACAGUGUGUGUAUAUAAUAUAUGUACAAAAAAUACCUAUCAUUAUAAAAAUAAUAUAUUUACGUGCUUAUUAACAAUUGAUAUUAAAUUAUGAAGCUCAACAACAUGUAUGUCCUCAUUUACUUGUUAGCAUGCAAUGAUGAUGUUUAUCGGAAUGUCCAAUGACAUUAUUCUUGGUCUAUCCAAAAAACACAUCAGACAUGUUUCCUCUUAUCUCUCACUCAUCUUGACCAUGUCUCAUACUUUAAACAAAAAAUAACUCUCAACAAUCUUUGUAAUUUUUUCAACUAUGAGACAAACAACAUGACUAGACAAAACAAAACAAAACAAAUAAACAUACAUCCAAAUCAAGAAUAUAUAAAUAAAAAAAAAACUAGGACAAACAAAUAAAACAAAACUAAUCAUCUAUAAAUACGAGUUAUAUAUUAUAAGACAUAGAUUUUAAUGUUCUAUAAGCUUAAGUGAGCCAGUGAAGGCAUAAAUACUGUGAUUUUAAUUAUUUAACGAUAUAUCUAGUGUAACAAAAGAAAGAGGUUUUUAAAAAAUAAAAAAAAACAAUACAACAACAAAAAUAAUAAUAAUAAUAAUGUGGCUGUUCCAGUUCAGCGCGAUACGUGAUGUGUUUUUGUAUAAUAAUAAACUAUAUGAAUACCUAUGUAUUAUAUAUGAAUUGUAAACAAUAUUUGAAACUAUCUUUAUGAAAGCUCUUGACUAUCCGGUCAAACUAGAAAGUAAUGAAAAAUAUAAAAUGAAUGAUGGAUAGUUAAAAAAGAAAAAAAAAUAAAUAAUUUGUAGAAUGCAGAACAGAAAAAAAUAAUAACAAAUAAAAAAAAAAAAGGACUACCCAUCUCAAAUUAUACAUAAUAUAAUUAUGUUUAUCUCUCUUAGUGUACUAUAAAGUUCCUUAAGCAGAAUAUAUCAUAUUAAUAUUGCUACAAUUAAUUAUUAUUUACAUCUAGUUAUACCAAUAUGUACAAUAUGAAAAUUUAUAAUAUUUAUGAUUAUUACUAUUUAUAUUGUUAUUAUUAUUGUCAUUAUUAUUAUUAUUAUUGGUAAUAAUAUUUAUUCAUUAUUAAUUUGGUACUAGAUUGUUACUAGAAAAAAAAAGAAUAAAUUAAUGUUGUUAUUUCCUUGUUAAUAAUUUACAUUGUUAAAAAAAAAAAAAGGAAAAAAAAAGGUAACAAAACUAUCAUUAAUUAUAUUUCACACUCUGAUUUAUCACUGACAAAUAUAGUUGAGCAGAUAAAUAAAAAAAAAAAAUAUAAAGAUCCAAUGGAUUGUAAUUUUAAUGAUAAUCUCAAAACUU